UAUGACAUAGUCAAAUUUAACAGGAUCAUCAAUAUCUUCUUUAAUGGAAUGUUGAUCAGGUCAUACUUUAUUUACCUAAAAGACAAUAUACAUAAACUGAACCUAAUCAUAGAGACCAACGGAAAAGACCAAAUGACAAAUUGCAUAGUGACAAAAAUAACAAGCUGGCAGGAAAAUAACCUUAAACAGCAUAGUAAUUUAGUAUAUUAUGUUUGGAGCUACAUUGUUUUUGGUUUCAUUGUUAUGAUAAGCAUCCAUUCACAUUCCAAACAUUAAACUUGAAACUUAAGAUGGGAAAAGCUACUAAAAGGUAUGCAGUGGUGACUGGUUCGAACAAAGGAAUUGGGUUCGAGAUAGUAAGGCAGUUAGCUUCAGCUGAAAUUAAUGUGGUGCUUACAGCAAGAGACGAGAAAAGGGGUCUUCAAGCAUUAGAAACACUCAAAUCCUUUGGUCUAUCCGAUUUUGUUGUCUUUCAUCAAUUAGAUAUUGCUGAUGCUUCAAGUAUAGCCUCUCUUGCAAAUUUUGUCAAGUCUGAAUUUGGAAAACUUGAUAUCCUGGUAACCAAUGCAGGGAUUAUUGGAACUAUAAUUCAUGACAAAGAGUUAUUUAAUCUAGCUAUCAUGAACCGUGGUGCAUUAUCAGAAGAUAAUAGAAGAAAGGCAGUGACUCAAACAUAUGAGUUAGCUGAAGAAUGCUUGCAAACAAAUUAUUAUGGAGCUAAAAUAACUACUGAAUCAUUUCUGCCACUCCUAAAGUUAUCUGAUUCACCAAGAAUUGUGAAUGUAUCAUCAACUUUAGGGCAGUUAGAGAGUAUACCAAAUGGAUGGCCAAAAAGUUUCUUCAAUGACGUCGAUAACCUUACAGAAGAGAAAGUGGAUAAAGUAUUGAAGAAAUUUCUGAAAGAUUUCAAAGAAGGUUCAUUAGAUCAAGAAAAUGGCUGGCCUAAGACUUUUAGUGCUUAUAUCAUUUCUAAAGCUGCUAUGAAUGCAUAUACAAGAAUUCUUGCUAAGAAUUUUCCUACUUUAUGUAUCAAUAGUGUUUGUCCUGGUUAUGUUGUAACAGAUAUAACUGCCAAUACCGGUUUGUUAACAGUUGAAGAAGGUGCUUCUAGUGUUGUGAGGCUCGCACUACUUCGCAACAGUAGUCCAUCUGGCCUAUUCUUUUACCGGAGUGGAGUUUCUUCCUUUUGAUUAGUAGUAAAUAAGGAUAAACUGCUGAUUUUGCUUGU